GUGGCCCCCGCGGCCCGUCGGCCUCCCGAGGUCGCGGGCGCUCAGACCGCGGCCGGAGCUGCGGGGAGAGGAGCUAGCAGAGGUGAUGCUGCGAGGAACCUGCCAGCGCGCCGGGGCGUGGCUGAAGGGGCUGCGCCGCGGGCCCCGGGGCCCCGCCGAGAGCGCCCGGAGGGGCGUCGUCUCCUGCAUCGACCGUAAGGCCCGCCGGUGGCAGGCUCAGUCCAGUUGGCCGCGCCGCCCCUGGCUCCGCAUAGGCGCGUGCGGAGCAGCUUCCAUGGGACUAAAUGAAGAGCAGAAAGAGUUCCAGAAAGUGGCCUUCAACUUUGCUGCCCGCGAGAUGGCGCCGCACAUGGCAGAGUGGGACCAGAAGGAGCUGUUCCCUGUGGACAUGAUGCGGAAGGCAGCGCAGCUGGGCUUCGGGGGGGUGUACGUUCGGACAGACGUCGGAGGGGCGGGCCUCUCGCGGCUGGACACCUCCGUCAUCUUUGAAGCCUUGGCCACGGGCUGCACCAGCACCACGGCCUACAUGAGCAUCCACAACAUGUGUGUCUGGAUGAUCGACCGCUUCGGGAGUGAGGAGCAGCGGCAGCGGCUAUGCCCGCCGCUCUGCGCCAUGGAGAAGUUCGCCUCCUACUGCCUCACCGAGCCAGGGAGUGGGAGCGACGCCGCCUCCCUCGUGACCUCUGCCGUGCGACGACAGGAUCAUUACAUCCUCAAUGGCUCCAAGGCCUUCAUCAGUGGUGGCGGCGAAGCUGACAUCUACGUAGUCAUGUGCCGCACAGGAGGGCCGGGCCCCAGAGGCAUCUCCUGCGUAGUGGUGGAAAAGGGGACCCCUGGCCUCAGCUUCGGCAAGAAGGAGAAAAAGGUGGGGUGGAACUCACAGCCGACCCGAGCGGUGAUCUUUGAAGACUGUGCCGUCCCGGUGGCCAACAGGAUCGGGGAAGAGGGCCAGGGCUUCCUCAUCGCCAUGAAGGGCCUGAAUGGCGGGAGGAUCAAUGUCGCCUCCUGCUCCCUGGGAGCCGCUCACGCCUCGGUCGUCCUCACUCGAGACUACCUCAAGGUCCGGAAGCAGUUUGGAGAGCCUCUGGCCAAUAAACAGUACCUGCAGUUCCAGCUGGCCGAGAUGGCGACCAGGCUGGUGGCCUCACGGCUGAUGAUCCGCACUGCGGCCAUGGCUCUGCAGGAGGAGCGGGAGGAUGCGGUGGUCCUGUGCUCCAUGGCCAAACUCUUCGCUACGGACGAAUGCUUUGCAAUCUGCAACCAGGCCCUGCAGAUGCACGGCGGCUAUGGCUACCUGAAAGACUAUGCCGUCCAGCAGUACGUGCGGGACUCUCGGGUCCAUCAGAUCCUUGAAGGCAGCAACGAAGUGAUGCGGAUGCUGAUCUCGAGGAGCCUGCUACAGGAGUAGCCCGCCCCAGGCUCUGACGGCAGGUCGGUGGUGGGUGGCCCCCAUGGAGACACGGUGACGAGUGAGUCGGGCUGCUGGAAGGGCUGACAUCUCCACUGCGGCUUCACAGCAUCAGCUGAAAGACAGCAGGGCCCCGGCAUCUCCGGGGAGCUCCGGAGAGGACGUGCCGCCUAGUCUUCCUGGCGCACAGGGUGGCGGGGAGCUCCUUACCUGGCCCACAGAGUCCUGGCGUGCCUGCAUUCUGCUGGUUGCCUGGGUCCGUCCCCGAGGGCCCUGGACGCCCCAAGGAGGGCUUCCCAACUGCAGCAGAAGCGUGGGAAAGGAGUGGGGCAGAGAUGAUUCCUAUCGGUUCUGCUCCGCCUGCCCCCUGAGGACGAGACCGUCCCUGUGGCCACCCUUGAGCGGCUCCUCUGAAUGCAAGUCAUGAUGAGAGGGAUGUGCGAGGCCUCUUCCCAUGCCACAAGUGGGGUGCACCUGCACCUCCGCCGCUCAAGUGUCAUGGGCUCAGGUGGUCUGGGACAGGUUGUUUAGAAGCACGUGGUCUGGGAAUAGUCCUCAAAGCUCCUAUGACCUUUCCUGAUAAAUGCUUUGAGUAUGUUUCUUUUCUGAGCUUUUGUUUCUCUUUUUCGCUCUUCUUUUUAAAUGUUUUUAAUCACUACAUUGAUAAAUAAAAUCUACCACUGUCUACCUUU